CUCGCAACUACCUGCUUCAUACCUACUACAUUUCACAUACACUGCUUUUGCUCUCCGUACGCUGCCUUCAUCGGCAGCCUCGGGAGUACGGAUUCAAAUAUUGUGCUUUUCCAUUUUAAUUAAGACUCUUUUAAUAAUUUCGAAUCUGAAUUGGAGAUUAUUUUCCCUUCUCCUCUAGUGGAUUACUCGCCACUUCAAAGGUUCAACUUUUUUUUUUUUUUUUUUUACAACAGAUAAUCGUCAGAAACAUCUCGUCGAUUCCGAGUUUGAGGCACUGUACGCACUACUCGCUGUCAGCUUUACUGCACGACAGGCGACAUGAGCCUGUCGUCCCUGGCCCACCGAGCGGCGAGGCCUUCCCUCUUGGGCAAUCCAGUUCUACGGCUCUCUUACACCGCACUUACCACCACCAGACAUGCCUCACUCUCAGCCAUCAACAAAGGCCUGGUGCGGUCUGAGCAGGCGAGGCCACAGGGGCCCCGGCCCGAGAAGCUCAGCGAGCUGGCCGCGGGGACCAAGCGUAUGACCUACGCUGAGCGACAGGAAGCCAGGAAACGACUCGCCGAGGAGCGGCCGUCUUUCAAGAUCCGCAAGGGCAAGAAGGACAUCACCGAGUAUCCGGACCAAGCCAAGCCCAAGUCGCGCCAGGCCCGCUUCUAUGACCCAGAGUCGCCGUUCGGCAAGAAGAGCCUGGUCUACCAGAUGAAGACGGGGAAGCUGCGCGACGAGCUGAGAGCGCUGGAGGAGAAGGAGACGGAGAGCGGCGGCUCGUCCGACUCGCCCUUUGAAACCAGCGUUCCACGGCCGGACUUGAGGUCGCCCCCGCGCAGAAGAUCGGCGAGGGAGCGACAGAGCGUGCGUGACGACGACACGGGCGACGUUGCCGACUUUGUCGCCGAGCUAACACGGUCCGCCGGACCCAAUCGGGAUGCUCCGCGCGGGGACGUCUCGCGGAGGAGAGAGGCGCCGGCGGGAGCGGAAGACGGCGACUCUCUUGGACGCGGAGGCUCUUCCUCCUCCUCCCGACGAGACCGAGGCGCGGGCCGACGAGAAGACGCCCCGCGGCACAAGAAGGAGGAGGACCGGGACCCUCCCACCAUCACCUACACCACCGCAGCGUCCCAGUUUCUGUACGGCAGGUCGGUCGUCGAGGCGGCGCUGCGGUGCUCGCGGCGGCAGCUCUACAAGCUCUACAUCUACGGGGGCGCCAACCGGCGGACGCGCGGGGACGACUCGCUGAUCCGGACGCUGGCCGAGCGCAGGGGGGUGCCGGUGACGGUGCUCGGGGACGAGCGGGGCCUCCGGCUGCUGAAUCGGAUGUCGUCGUCGCGGCCGCACAACGGGUUCGUGCUCGAGGCGUCGCCGCUCCCGCAGCCGCCCGUGACGGCGCUGGGCCCGCUCCCGGACGACUACGCGGGCAACCCGCGGUACGGCGUGGAGCUGGGGCACCAGUCGGCCGAGGAGGUGGCGGUCAACGGGAGGCCGGCGAGCCUGCCGGCGCCGACGGCGUCGCACCGGCCGCUGGUGCUCGUGGUCGAUCGGGUGGUGGACCCGGGCAACCUGGGGGCCAUCCUGCGGACGGCCUCGUUCCUGGGCGCGGCGGCGGUGGGCAUCACGCGGCGGGGCAGCGCGGGCCUGACGCCGGUGGCGCUCAAGGCGUCGGCGGGGGCGGCCGAGUCGCUGCCGCUCUUCUCGGUCGGCUCGCUGCCCGAGUUCCUCAGCCUGUCGCGCGCCAACGGCUGGGAGGUGUACGCGGCGGUGGCGGGGGCGCCGGCGCGCAAGCAGCGCCGGCACGUGGACCUGCGCGACGUCGAGGAAGCGGACCCGCUGCGGCGCGACCCAUGCGUGCUGCUGGUCGGCAACGAGGGCGAGGGCCUGGACCGCAUGGUCGUCAAGAAGGCCGACUACGAGGUCAACAUCCCCAACAUGUCGGCGCCCGACAGCGGCGUCGACAGCCUGAACGUGAGCGUGGCCGUGGGCUUGCUGUGCUCGGCCUUCCUCAAGGGGGCGGCCAAGGAGAUGGAGGGAUUGGGAAUCGGGUUAGGCCAGGGAGAAGAGAAGGGAGCGAAGGAGGAUUUGUGGUAGAAGGAAGGAACCCCCGUGGAAAAAAAAAGGGGGUUGUAGAUAUUGUACGAUCUUGGGCGUUGUGUACGAUAGGAUACCCUCUAUGGCGUGCAUGCACGGUACAGGACGGGAAUAGAUAGAAAUGACUCUGGCACAUACGCACCGCGCACGCAUCUUAUGUUCUUUUUUUUUUUUCUUUUUUUUCUUUGGUCGAGUUUUGAGGUCCCUCACAACGAGAAUACGAGACUCCAUUUUCGCCGUCACCUGAAUUUUAGAAGCAGUCGGC